CACCCUUUGAAGAUGGCUAACCGGUGGUGGACCUCCGGCCAGAUGGGUCUUCCCGGAGUUGAUCAUACAUCCACAACCUCCUCUGCCUUGAGAAAACCAGAUCUCGGAAUCUCCAUGAACAACAACGGCGGUGGCGGUGGUGGCGAUGACGAUGACGAUAGAGACAACGGUGGCAGCGAUGAGCCUAAGGAAGGAGCUGUCGACGUUCCCUCUCGCCGCCCUCGUGGCCGUCCGCCCGGGUCCAAGAAUAAGCCUAAGCCACCUAUCUUUGUUACUAGAGAUAGCCCUAAUGCCCUAAAAAGCCAUGUCAUGGAGAUUUCUAAUGGCGGUGAUAUUGUUGAGUGUGUCGCUCAAUUCUCCCGUCGACGUCAGAAAGGUGUGUCUGUGCUUAGUGGUAGUGGGACGGUAACGAACGUGACCCUUCGACAACCGUCGGCCCCCGGUGCAGUCUUGACACUCCAUGGUCGAUUCGAGAUCCUUUCGUUGACCGGAACUUUCCUCCCUGGACCAGCUCCGCCCGGCUCGGCGGGCCUAACGAUCUACUUAGCUGGUGGUCAAGGGCAGGUGGUGGGUGGUAGUGUUGUCGGGCCACUCACCGCUGCCGGGCCGGUGAUGGUGAUAGCUGCGACGUUUUCCAACGCGACAUACGAGCGAUUACCGUUGGAAGAGGAGGAAGACGGUGGAGGAGGAGGAGGACAAGGGCUGGCAUCAACCGGAGGUGGUGGUGGAGGGGAUAGUUCACCACAAGGCAUUGGUGGCGGAGUGGGAGAUCCAUCAGCUAUGCCGCCGUUGUACAAUUUACCGCCGAACUUGCUGCCGAAUGGUGGUGGUGGGCAGAUGAAUCAGGAGGCUUAUUCUUGGGCUCACGGCGGCCGGCCGCCGUUCUAA